CAUGAGCGAGCAGAUAAGAGAGGGCGGAGAGUGGGGAGAGUAGCUAAGAGCAACUUCACUGUUUGCAGGAGAAUUCCACCCACAGGGUUUCAGUUGUAGACUGGUGCCCACCUAAGGGACAUCGGCAAUAGCGGUGUUAGAAUCACUAGAUAAUACAAACGAACGAGGAAAUAAACGACAAGGACUAUAUUAUCGGAUAAACGUCUGUUUACAUUCGCUCAAACCUAUCAGCUGCGUGUGGAGGCUUAGCGCGCUUUGGAUCUAGGAGAAUUCCAAGGUGUAGCCGUGCAGCACAGAUAGCUACAAAGUCGCGCAGCUACACCUACUGUACAGCUUGUCGGCGCUUUGAAGAGCAAAACUUGGUUACUUUUUGGGCGAAACCUUGCAAUGGCGGGCUCAUCUGUGGAAGCAGUGAAAAGGAAAAUUCAGUCAUUGCAACAGCAAGCCGACGAUGCCGAGGACCGUGCCGAAGGUCUUCAAAGAGAGGUGGAUGAGGAGAGACAGGCCAGAGAAAGGGCUGAGGCUGAGGUGGCUUCCCUCAACAGGCGUAUCCAGCUGGUAGAGGAAGAGUUGGACAGGGCCCAGGAGAGACUGGCCACCGCCCUGCAGAAACUGGAGGAGGCUGAGAAGGCUGCUGAUGAGAGCGAGAGAGGCAUGAAGGUCAUAGAGAACAGAGCGACGAAAGACGAGGAGAAGAUGGAGCUCCAGGAGAUGCAGCUGAAGGAGGCCAAGCACAUCGCUGAGGAGGCCGACAGGAAGUAUGAGGAGGUGGCCCGUAAACUGGUGAUCCUUGAGGGAGACCUGGAGCGCUCUGAGGAGAGGGCUGAGGUGGCUGAGGCUAAAUCUGGUGACCUUGAGGAAGAGUUGAAAAAUGUCACCAACAACUUGAAGUCACUGGAAGCACAGGCUGAGAAGUACUCACAAAAGGAGGACAAGUAUGAAGAAGAAAUCAAAAUCCUCACUGAGAAACUUAAAGAGGCUGAGACCCGUGCUGAGUUUGCAGAGAGGUCUGUGGCUAAGCUGGAGAAGACCAUUGACGAUCUGGAAGAGAAACUCUCCGUGGCCAAGGAGGAGAACUUGGACAUUCACCAGACCCUGGAUCAGACCCUGCUGGAGCUCAACAAUCUAUAAAGACCACACAGCUCCAGACAAACCGUACCACACAAAACACAUAGCUUUACAGAAAAAGAAAAACGUGCAAAAUAAAACAAACAAAAAAAAGAACAAAGAAAGAAUAAAAGGUCCAGGUGUUUGUCAUAGCAGGCGUUUUGCAUUUGCAUUGUACCGCAGAGAAGUCCAGUGUGAUUGGAUUCUUACUGCGAGUACCGAAAAACCAAUAAAUAACUCCUAGACUUCAUGCCAUUCCCAAAGCAUUUGUUGUUAGGGAUCAGGAACUUUGACAGUGAAUUGUCUGUUGCAUGAAAUACAAACUACCAGCUUGUCGCUGCCAACCAAGCCAAGAUGUGUCGUGCUAUACCAAAGCACUACCACUGUCUGCCAUUUUCUAUGCGCAGUCACAGAUGGCUCUAACUCUAACUCUUGUGUUUCGGUCUAGUGCCGUUUAGGCCCAUGCUUUCCUGUCGCCCCAUCCAAUACUGUUCCUGCACUGAACACUACCAAAACCCUAAGAAAUGUGCUGACAUUCCUUUUUGCUUCAUUUCUGUAACCACUUUUGUUGUCUCUUUUUCUUUCCUUUUGCUCUGAGCCUGAGGGUUUUGCUGGUUCUUUACAAGCAAAAUAAUUCUCAGUGACGGGUAUGUCCCAUCUCGACGACCACUGUGUAGGACCAUUCCUUGAUUUCAAUCGUACCGAUCACAUGUGGCUAAUCUACACUAUAACUGAUCCCAAACACUACACUGUGCACAACCUUUAUGUGAACUCUCCCAUUCCAUGUUUCAAGUUCAUGUGAAGAUCAGAUGAAUUCUCCAAUUUGGCACUUAAUGCCAAAUCUUAAAUCAGAACUAAUGUACCAAUAAAGCGUGCAAAGUUGCUGGAGAGAGUUCCAUCUUUUUUGGCUAUGCGCCUGUAAAUGUCCUUUUAGUCGUCUCCAGUGAGGUCUGUUGAAUUUCUACAUGAAUUUGACGUUUUUUGAAACAUCCCCUCUCAGCAUCGUAUGGUUCUCUGGCUGACUAAGUCCUUUUUUAGCUCAAGGACGGAUUCAUUGUUCUUCUCCAUAUUUGUCAUAAAAUUCUGUCAAAGUGUUGACAUUUCAAAUUUGCAGGUAGAUUAAAGGGAAUUGAUCACUUGUUAUUGAAACAAAAAUAUAAUGAAUUCUAUUACAUGUUGCCCUCUUUUUACAAUCCAAACAUGUAUUCUAUGCAAAUUAUUGUGUAUGCUCUUUUAAGAUGGAGGAAAAAUAAAGGCAAAGACGAUGGCAAUCCUGUA